AUGAACUUCCUCCCCGUCGAGCUGCUUGGCGAAAUCGCCAACCAAAAGGUUCUCCAGAGGAAAGACCUCACAAAACUCGCCUGCGUGAGUCGACGUUUCAAUGAGGCGGCUUCUACGCGUUUAUAUCGUUCCGGAGAACUAUCUUACGCCGGUACCACCGAUAAGGAUGCCGCUAAAGUAGAUUCCUACGAGAAGAAUGGGAGAUUCGUUCGGACCCUGAAGCUAAACCUAUUCUCCCUCCCCACCUCGACAAUCUCAAUCCCAACCGCCAUCUUCCCCCUCCUAACAGCCUUCGUAAACCUCCACCGCCUCCAUCUAACCGACUCCGCCACUCUACCAUGGCCAUCAUUCCUCCACGUCUUGGCCAUAGUAAUAACCUCCCACCCCCACCUCAAAAUUCUGGAAGUCCAAAGAACCCUCACCAAGCCCGAUGGCCGUUGCUCAUUCCCACAAGCAACCUCAUUAAUCGAAUCCCACAAAGCCAAAAAUGGUAGAUUUUCAAAGCUCGAUAUCUUCAUUCUUAGACUAUCCAAAAAGGAAAACCCAUAUUUGAUCUCAAGAGCUGCGAUGAAUAAUUUGAUCGAAGUUUUACAGCCGGCUACGAGGUCUGCUAAGGCGUUUACUUAUUCAGCUGAUUGUUGGGAGUCCGCGGAUAUAGACUUGAAGGGAGCGGUGAACGGCGAGGAUCAUACGGCUUUAGCAUGGGAAUGGGAUAAUCUUGAAGAAAUGACUUUGAAAUUUCCGGAACCUGAUUGGCCGGUUGUAGGAUCGAGUGCCCUGGUCGGUGCUGCGAACCCAUAUUGGGCAAAGAACCUAAGUUUUCAACGGGACUUGGGAAAGAUCACACGACUUGCGGUGAGAGCUCGUGCUGAACAUCUAGUUUCUGGUGGCUCGGUAACAUAUUUCACCAGAGGCUUUGAGGCUAUGCCAGAUCUAGAGCAUCUAAGAAUAACACACUCAGGACGAACCAUAGACCUAGAUCCAAAAUCAAAACCAGACCACCCGUUUUAUCAUCUUGCAGAGAUCCUGCCUAAGCUCAAAUACAUUGAACAGGUGGACUCUUACUACCUUAACAGACGUAUCCAAUGCCUCGAGGUAUUACGGCGUGAAGAUGACACAAUCCGAUUCAAGCACGUGAACCCUGAAGGAAUUUGGAUAGGCUAUUAUCAAUGGGAUCAGUAG